AUGGUCCACAUCAAGUCUACCUCCAUCGCUGUCCUCCUCGGUUCGGCGGCUAUCUCAUCCGCGGCGGUUCUUCCCAACGUGCACAAGCCAGAGGCUCGCGAUGGAUCGGUCAGCAAGCGGGCAUGGAAGGGCAAGCUCGGCGCUCGUGGGCCCUGGAGGCAGGCGACUGACAACUACCUCAUCAAUGUUGACCUCACCGGUGACGGCGAGCACCACAACGGGCACGGCACCCUCCUCGACAUCAACACUCGCGCUCUCGCUCCGGAGCAGCAGGAAGUCCUCCGUCGUCACCUCAAGGCCCACAUGCAGCGUACCGAGCCCGUCAUCGUGAUCGGCUCCGGCUCGCACGAGGUCCCGGCCGACCCCCUCCUCAACAUCGAGAUCGCCACUGGUCUUCGGGAGCGGGACGAUCGUCUUCUCGACCUCGCCGCUCGGCUCAUCAUCGGCUCUGGCGAGGCUACCAACCGCCUCGCCGCUCGGGACUCGGAUCUCGCCGGUCUCGAGGCCGCCGCCAAGGACGCCGGUGUCACGGAUGACCAGAUGGCAGCGGCCAAGAGUGCGGUCGACAACCUUACUCCGGAGCAGAAGGCCGAGGUCGAGAACGCCGUCAAGCACGCCAUGUUCACCGUCGCUCGGCCGGGAGAGAAGAAGCGCAACCUUCCCGGCCCGGCGUACCUCUUCAAGAAGAGCGACGAGGCGGCGAUCAACAUGAUCAAGCAGGGCGGGAAGGUCAAGGUGAUUGGGGACGAGGCGGCCAAGGACACUGGGGUGGGCGAGGCGGGCAAGCACGGUGCUCCUCUGCUUGCUCAGCCCAACUCGAAGCGGUCGGUCGCGGAUGAGAUGGGCGGUGCACCGGGCUACAUCGACAUCACCUCCCCCGUCUUCAACUCUACGGCUACCCGCCUUGCCUCCCUCGUCCUCUCCACCUCCAACGGUACCAACGAGAACUCGACCUUCGUCCUCAACGCUUCGUCGUCCGUCCGCACCCAGGUCUUCCUCGUUCCCCUCAACUCUACCGAGGCCGGCGGUGAGCCCAAGGAAGGGGACAUGAUCAAGGUCAACCUCAAGGUCCCCGUCUUUGUCGCCGAGUCGGCCGCGGUCGAGCCCUUCUGCGCCACCUUUGACCCCUCCCCCAAUGCCCCCGAGCCAAUGACGGUCGAGCCGUGCGAGGAGCCCGAGGACGAGCGGUCCCAGAUCUUCCUCUUUGAUCCCGAGACCGGCGCGGUCAAGCCCAACUGGACACCCUCGGAGACCAACCAGCAGCUCCUGUCCAAGGUCCCGGACUCGGUCUCGAGCGAAGGCCCCAUGCCUACCGACUGGAUCGCUUCGUCGGUGUCUAGUGCGGUCGCCUCUGCCACCGCCUCAGCAUCGGCUCUCCCUUCCGUAUCGGUCUCGGCCAGCCUUGACGCCCCCACCGCCUCCCUUUCGGACGUCGGCGUCAUGGCAUUGCCUACACCCACCGACCCGGCGCUCGCGUCUGCCCUGCCCACCCCCACAGACGCCGCGCUCGAGCCGGAAGCCACCGCCGAGCCGCUAGAGUCGGGCGUCGAGGACGAGGCGCUUCCCACUGCCACCGAGGACUGGGCAACUGCUGCAGCUGCCCUCCCCACCGAGUCGGUCGAGCCCUCCGCGGUCGUCUCGGCUCUUCCCUCGGACAUGCCCUCUGUCAUCCCCACUCCUGCCAUUUCCUCUGCGGCCGAGGCACUCGUCACCGCCUUUGCAGUUUCGCACUCUGCUGCCGUCCCCUCUGCCUCCGCCGUCGUCUCGCACGCCAAGUCCGCCCCCGCAUCCUCCAACGCUGGCAACAACGUCACCUUGAUCUUCACCCCUGCCAACGCCUCGGUUCAGAGCAAGGAUGACUCGGAGGACGCCGAGCCCGUCCACGCCGGCAAGAGCAAGCGGGAGCACAUGGAGGACGACGGUGACUGCGACGACACCCUAUCUUCCACCCAUGGCUCUGGCGAGAUCUUUGCCUUUGCCGACCCCGCUGCCGCCCUCCCUGCCGUCGCACCUUCCGCGCACGCUUCCCACUCAUCCGCUCCCGCCGCAUCCUCCGCCGCCUCCAAGCCCAAGCCCAAGGCUCCCAAGCUCGCCGAGGAUGCCCCCGCGCCUAUCGAGUCGGCCAAGAAGGUCAAGGUCGUCGAGGGUGACGUGCAGGUCGAUGACGUCCAGGCUCUCGCUGGUCGCUUGACAGUCCGAAACUUGAAGAGGGAGCAGAAGGUUAUGAUGGCUCCUGCCACUGCGCCUUAUGAAUGGACAUGGACUUCGGUCGAAGAAGCGGAAAAGGAGCCAGAAGAGACCGUCAAAGUAUUUGCGGCCUUGAGCUCUAGGGACUAG